UUUGGUCCCAUUUCAGCCUUCAAAUCCUCCUGACUGAUUCCAAGGGUUUGUUUUGACUGGUAAUCCGACAGGUGUUGGCCCACAGCACGAUGACUUCUGAGAGCUGCAGAGAGACCAUGGAGCAGGAGGAGCAGCAGCAGCAGCCAGAAAGCACAGAGGGCAGAGUAGUGGCGAGGAGGAGUGUGUUCAGCUCCUUAAUGCGUGGUCUACUCUGGCCUUUUAGUGUUCUGGUCAGGGCCUUCCGCAGGCUCUGGGGGGUUCAUGGUUUCCAGAAGCUCCCGGAGAGAGACUCCCCCGGCCUUGGUACGUCUAGCCCUGCUCGCCCAAGCCUCACAGCCCGUAAGCAGCUGCGCGGGGUCUCCCGGUUGCUGCUGUUCUUCCUGCCCCAUUGGGCGCAGGCCUCCAUGGGGUACCCGGUGUUCAGCAGCAUCGGCCGUGCCCUGUCCCCAGAAGUCAGCAUCUCCCCUACCAAGCUGCAUGGAAAGGGCAGCAAGAGGAAACAGGAUGACUUGGAGGAUGAGGAUGGUGAAGAUGAGCAUCCAACGUGGGUGGAGGUGCUUUCUCAGGAUUUGUCAGAUGAAGGUACAGAGGAAGAUCCUGAUUAUGAGCCCAGUUCGACAUCGACUGAUAGUGGAGAGUACUCUUCUCACAACAGCACAAUUAAUGACCUCAAUAUAUCCGAUGGACAUGUUGUCAUUGAGGAUGUGAACACGGAUGCUGUGGCCCUACCAGCUGAAACCGCUUGCCCUGAAGAUUAAUAUAUACAUUGUGUGUUUUUUUUAUAUGUAGUAAUUGAAAUAAAACUUUAGAAUUUUU